ACAUCAGGGUCCCUAUCAGAGACCCCCUUACAUCAGGGUCCCUAUCAGAGACCUCCAUACAUUAGGGUCCCCAUCAGAGACCCCCUUACAUCAGGGUCCCCAUCAGAGUCCCCCCUUACAUCAGGGUCCCCAUCAGAGUCCCCCCUUACAUCAGGGUCCCCAUCAGAGACCCCCUUACAUCAGGGUCCCCAUCAGAGUCCCCCCUUACAUCAGGGUCCCCAUCAGAGUCCCCCCUUACAUCAGGGUCCCCAUCAGAGACCCCCUUACAUCAGGGUCCCCAUCAGAGUCUCCCCUUACAUCAGGGUCCCCAUCAGAGACCCCUUUACAUCAGGGUCCCCAUCAGUGACCCCCUUACAUCAGCGUUUCCAUCAGAGUGCCCCCUUACAUCAGGGUCCCUAUCAGUGACCCCCUUACAUCAGGGUCUCCAUCAGAGUGCCCCCUUAAUUCAGGG